AGCUCGACAGGUCAGUCCCGGCCGUGGCUGGGUCCGUGAGUGGUCGGCUGCAGAGGCCGGGACGCGUCAGGCUCGAGAGACUAUCUGGUGACAAUUGAAGAAAAAAGCAAAGCAACUUUCCUAAGAGCAUAUAUGAACUGGAGAUGCAUGUCUGCAGGGAGUUCUCGUGUGUGUGUUCGGAUGGUUGGUCACAAGAUGGAAGAGUCAUACAGUGAAACCUUAAAAGAACAGAUGUCAGUUGUUGAAAUGCCACUUUCAGAUCCUCCACUGUGCAUUUCGUGUUGUCCUGUGAAUGGAGAUCUUCUUGUGGGCUGCAAGAAUAAACUAGUCAUGUUCUGUUUGAAAUACCGGGUCAUAAAUCAGAAUUUGACUGUGUUAGAUUUUGAACGCUCCUUAAUUUUGCACAUUAAUAACCUCAUUCCUGCUGAAGUUGCGUUUUGUGCCAGACAUAUAGCUGUAACAACAGAGCUGGAUGUUCUAAUGCUGAAACUGGAACUGGUCCAGCAGAGGGCAGACAGGACAGAGCAAUGUGCUCAGGCAGUCAAUGCACCAGAAAAGGCUGUGGAUGGAGGUGUGAAAGAUGAAAGUACUUCAACAGAUCCUUUACAGCUUGAAUUAGAUGAGUUCAUCAUAUGUCAGAAGCCAGUGGAACUGCUUGGGGAAGAAAGUAAGCUAUGUGAGAUACCUGUCACACUGGAAUCCACAGAGUUAUCUACAGAAGACACAAAGCACUUCCAAGUGCGGUAUCUGCUUUACAGACGUUUUGCACCCGACCAGUCGCCUUUUGGGUUUUGUGAAGAGACAAAGUUGCACUCUGUUCAACUGCUUCCUGUAUACCAGACAGGAAUUUCUACAACAGCCUAUGAGGAAACUGAGAACAAGAGAAAACUUCUGAGUCUCUUCUGCUUUUUCUCUUUACCUUAUGUUGGAUAUCUCUACUCCAUUGGAAAGUUAGUAGAGCUAAUUUCUACUUACCAAUAUUCAGAGAAGUCAGAGCAGGCAGUCCUCACUCCACAGUUCCUGCAUGUCAUUACAAGUCAGAGCCUGCAGUGCUUCACAGUGCGAUGCAGUGCAGCAGCAGCUCGUGGUGAGGAUCCCUAUAUCGACACGACUGUGAAGGCUUGUCCACCUGUCACACUCGAUGUCUGUACAUUAAGAAUGCAGCUUUUUAUAGGACCAAGAGCUAUCUGUCAUUUCAAAAACCAUAUAAUUCUUUUGACUAAGGCAGACACAGAAGAUAUUACUGAAAGAAGAAAGCCUACAAGAAGGAUGCUUUCCAGAAAGACUGACAGCAUCAAAUCCAGAACAAAUUCUGAGUCAGAGCCUGGUUGGAAUUUAUAUAUUAUAAACACUGUUUCAACAAUUCAGCUUUACAGAGAAAUGGUAGAUUAUAGUAGAACUUACGAAAAUGUUAAAACUGAGAGCUGCAUCCAUCUUCUAAGUGAGGCUCACCUACUGGUCAGAGCAGCUAUGAUGGACCCUCAUUUCCUUAAAUCAGAUGAGAAGGAAGAUCUUAUAAAAGCAUUCAGAGAAAGUUGUGCCUUCUUAGGAGACUGCUACGGCAGGUUUGACACAAAGGAUUACCACCUUGCUUUGCCAUACUACAGAAUGUCAGGUUUAUCCAUGACUGAAGUUUUAAAGAGACUAGUUUCAGAAGGUGAUGAAAUGCAGACAUACGCGAAAGGAUUUAUAUUUUACUUAACUCAUUCUCUUAAUGAAGACUCAAAUGAAGAAUUAAGUAAGGAAUCAGGAAAUAAAGUUCUCCAGAUAUUCUAUCUUGCGGACCCUGUGCAGCUGCCUCACGUCCUUUGCAGUCCCAGCAUGAGAAACAUAUGUCCUUUGACAGCUGUGAAGUAUCUUCAGAAAGUAGAAAAGAUGAUGCCAUCAGCAGUCCUGACACUUACUAAGGCUUUCUUGGCUCUGAAAAUGGGAGACCUAACAAUGUAUGAACAUGAAAUGGACUCCUGUAAGGAGACAACACUGGCUUGUGGCUUCAUUGGGCAACCACGACUGCUGCAUCAGCGUAAGGAAGGAAUUGUUAUGCCAACUGAGUUUGCUGUUCACCUGAAGGAGAUGCAGCCUGGUUUACUGGUGGCUGCCACUGUGGCUUUACAUGAGAACAGGAAAAUUGAACUAGAAGAAGCAGAUACCUUUUUCAAGAUGCUGUGUAAUAGUAGUGAAAACACUAUUCCCCAGCUCCUGGUGGAUUUCUGGGAAGCUCUUCUUGUAGUGUCGUCUCAGGAAGAAAUACUUCAGGAACUCCUAUUGAGGGUUACUUCUCAGUAUGUUUGGAGAAUAUCAAGGAAGCAGCUUCCUGAAACUAAGCCAUUGAAAACAACAGAGGAUCUAAUAAACUCCUGUCGUCAUUUUGGGUUGAUUGUCCCAUGGGUAACUUCUGUAAUGUCAGUGGGUUGUUCAUCUGACAAAGAUUACCAUGGAGACAUCUCAAGACUACAGUCUCUUUUAUGUAGUCAGUCAAUCAAUAUAGCAUCAGCUCUGCCUGUUUUGGAGCCUCUGACAGAAGCUGACAAUGUUGGCCUCACCAUCCGUGUCCUCAGCAGUACCCGUCUGGGCAAGUACGAGGAAGCCAUCGACCAGCUUCUCAGAAGGUGUCCUGAUGCAGCUGUGUUCUACGCUCAGCAUGAGCUGAAAGGUGACAAUCAGGCUCUGUGGUGGAAGAAGCUGCUUCCUGAACUUUGCAAGAGAACUAGACUUACUGGAAAUGACUGCCCUGUUCUUAUUUCAUCACUCAAAGGUAAAUCAACUGGUUGUAACUCAAUUCCAGAAGGCUUUGUACAUCAGCUAAUUUUCUUAAUAACUGUUCAGACUAAGGACUACUGGUACAAUAAUUUGGAAAAAAAGGGGGUCUUUUUCUUCAGUUAAAGCUAAUGCUGUUUAGCAUCCUUUCUAGUCAUUAGCACAGAAUUCUGCAAUGAAGGUAGUGUAACCUCAUAAAAAUCAUGGCAUUCAUUUUGUAUUGAAAACAGGUAAGUUGUUGUAAUCGUACUCUUUCUGUAUAGGUCAAGAAUGGACACCAUUAAGAAACCUGCUAAACAGUACUAAUUGUGAUUGGUUUUUUUUCUAAGCUAAAUGACUUUAUGGUUCUUAUGUAAUAGGCUGCUAUUGAUAACAGAGGAGGCUUAAGUGUGUAUUGAUGAUUAGGUCAUAGAGUGAAAAAAAGAGUGUGUUAAUACUAGAAGUAGAGAAAUCCACCCUAGUAGUUCUGUAGUCCUACCAUUACAUAUUUGUAAGAAGUUAAUCAUACUGUGUGUAGCUGAGGGGCCAGUGUGAUUGUUUUUACAAAUGAGGAAUAUUAAAUAAAGCACAUAUAUUGUUAAAAGUGUGCCAUUGGAAUGCCUGAGAAGAACAACAUUGUGGGAUUGGAUUGCAUUGUGCAGCACAGAUUGCCAUGCUUUAUCAUAAAGUUCUAGUUUCUGGUGCUAGCAGUUUUUCUUUGGGUUUAUUUUCAUGCAGUAACUGCUGUAGUUGCUUAAGAAUGUAACAUUACAGAGCUUGGUCUGAGAAGCUUCUUGCAAAGCAUCCAGUUUAACAAAUAGUGUUCAGUUAGGGUACUAAUAAUUGCUUUGCAUUUCAUACAAAACAUGUGAAAUAUUAGAGCAGACGUGUAGACCUAAUGAGUCAAGACAGAGGUUUUUACUAAAGUCAUAAUUUCAGUUUACUUUUUAGAUUUCGCAUAGUUGUAUAUGCGCUCAAAUGACUAUGUCUCAAAUUUAAUUCCAGUUGAAAUAUUUAAAUAAUUUGAUGACUUUAUUUAAUAAUUACAUUGUUAAUGCUUUGGGGCUUUUUCUGUGCCUUAAACUCAAAAUACCUAAACAAUAUUUCUUCCCCGGCUCUGAGCAGAAACUUUAUCAAUUGUUGCAAUGGAACUGGAGCUAAGGGAUUUCCUAAGUGUUCUGCCAGAGGAUGGGACUGCAGGAUUUUUUCUGCCACAUC